AUGUUGGUGGGAUACUCUUUGCCAUUGAAGAUUUCUGUCGUCGGGGACUUAAAGAACAUGAAGAGCCAGUUUCUUGUACUCUGUAGCUGGAAUGCUCCCAGGAAUGUGCAAGUGGACCCUAAACCAGUAGAUAAUAUAGUCAUCACAAAAUAUCGGUUUGGUAAAGAAACUGAUAAAUGCGCCAAAGUCAGUAAGUUUGACCCCAGGGCACCAGCAGACAGGGGAGUAAACCAGGAGGCACUAAGUCAACUUUCAGCUGAACUAAGUAACUGCUUACAAAGCAGCUGCUAUUUUUUGUUUCAUGAUGUUUCUCCUCAGCCAACUGCUGAUGAAAAUGUUGAAAUCGACUGCAUUUGCGAAACAGUUCCUGAAAAUGCCCCUGAUAUUGUUACUGACAACGAAAUCACAGAUUUACCAUUCAACGAUGAUUAUGAUAUAUCAUCUUCUCAUUUCCAAAGCAUGAUGGAUUGCUUUGCAGAUACGCAGAAUAUUUCAAAUGUGGACAUUGAAACAGUUGAACGAUUGACAAGGGGCCAAAGUAACAAUGAAGUUUGGAGGCAACUCAAACGUGACAAGUUAACAGCCUCUAACUUUUAUAAUGCAGCUGUAAGGCGGAAAGAACCUGAUAAACUUCUUAGAAACAUAAUGUACAUCUCUGAAAAGAAGAAAAGUAUAGCAUCCUUACAGUAUGGCCAGGAACAUGAAUGUGAUGCUGUUGCAAGUUAUGUUGCUGCAAAAGCUGCCGAGGGGAAUACUUUGUUGCGGGUAGAGGAAGUUGGAACAAUGUUAUCAAAGGAAAGACCAGGUUAUGGUGCCAGUUUGGACAGAAAAGUGUAUGACCCGAAGGCCUCUGGCAUGAAAGAUGGAGGCCUGGAAGUCAAAUGCCCAUACUGUAAGAGGGGAAUGACAAUUGAACAAGCAUGUAAAGAUCCAAAUGUUUGCUUGUAUAUAGAUGAUGAUGGGGUUCCUAGGCUUAAGUUUGGACAUAAAUAUUACUACCAAGUCCAGGGUCAAAUGUACGUCUGCAAUUUAGAAUGGGUAGAUUUUGUUGUGUGGUUUGGAGGUAAUAAUGUUUUUAUUGAACGUAUUUAUUUUAACAAGGAUUGGUGGUACCAAACAGUACUCCCCAGGAUAGAUUUUUUCUAUAAACGAGCUUUCCUUCCUGAAAUGUUCACCAGGAGAAUUGAGCGAGGUGUCAAACUAUAUAACCAUGGGGGUUGGAAAAGCUUCAAAACAGUGAAGAGGAAGUAA